GUUAAUGGAUUGUGAUAUUCUAAUUUUCUAAAAUAUUUAUAUAUUAUUUUGGUGUGUUAAUGCAUUAUUACUAUUUUUAUAUAUCUAAUAAAAUAAAUUUUAUGUUUAUUAAUUUGCAGGCAUUUCGAAUCUGUCAGUUGCGUUCACAAAACAUCCAGACACUAUCUUACGAAGAGAGAAUUGAGUUGUGGAAUUUAGAAAAUGAGCAAUUUGAGGAGUUAAUAAUUCAACCAACUUUGAGUUAUUAUGAUCGAUAUUUUCAUAGAGCACCUGCCCGGACAGACGGAGGUUUAGGGUGGAGAAAUAUGUGGUCUCGACUUCAAGAAGAUGAUGCUGCUUGUCUUCAACUCCUACGAAUGUCGCUACCAUGUUUCCGAACACUAUGUAACAUGCUACAAACGAAUUAUGGUCUGAAACCAACUUCAAAUGUAAGCAUUGAAGAAAGUGUGGCUAUAUUUUUGCGUAUAUGCGGGCACAAUGAAGUUCAAAGAGAUGUUGGGUUGAGAUUUGGACGAAAUCAAGAGACUGUGAAAAGAAAAUUUAAAGAAGUUCUUAAAGCGACGGAAUUACUUGCAUGCGAUUAUAUCAGAACUCCAACAAGACAAGAACUAUACCGAAUUCCUGAAAGACUUCAAGUACAUCCAAAAUAUUAUCCAUUUUUUAGUGGAUUUGUUGGAGCUAUGGAUGGGACUCAUGUUUGCGUAAAAGUACCACCAGAAUUACAAGGAAUGUACUGGAAUCGACACGAUAAUGCAUCGUUGAAUAUUAUGGCAAUUUGUGAUCUGAAUAUGCUAUUCACAUAUAUAUGGAAUGGAGCACCGGGAUCUUGUCAUGAUACAGCCGUUCUCACAAUAGCACAAGAAAGCGAUCCUGAAUUUCCUUUGCCUCCAAUGGAAAAGUAUUAUGUCGUUGACUCGGGUUAUCCAAAUAGGCAAGGAUUUUUGGCUCCAUAUAAGUCAUCCCGAAACAACGUUGUCAGAUAUCAUAUGUCACAGUUCAACUAUGGUCCUGCUCCACGGAAUAAAGAAGAAUUAUUUAAUCGAUAUCAUGCGUCUCUACGUUCAGUUAUCGAGAGAACUUUUGGAGUUUGGAAGAAAAAAUGGAGGAUUCUUUGUGAUUUUCCAAGAUAUAGUAUCAACAUACAGCAGAGAGUGGUCAUGGCUACAAUGGGAUUGCAUAAUUUUAUAAAGAUUUCAAACUUUUCAGAUGCAGAUUUUGCUGAAGUUAUGGCAGAAACAGGAGGAUUCAAUACACAAGCAGAGACUGAUUUUCAUACCGAUUUAGAUGAUGUAUAAACAAUUGAAAUGACAGAUGGAGGACAUAUGACGCAAAUAAGAGAUAAUAUUGCAAAUAUGCUAUGGGAAAAUCAAUAAAAUAAACUUAUUUUUUUAUUGUAAUUUAUUUGUACUUUAUAAAAAAUGUAAAAUACUUUAUUGUCAAAUAGAAUUUUAUUUUAUAUAUUCAGUACUAUUUAGUUUAUAAACACCAUUCAAGCAUUUUGAUAUAAACUUUUACGUUUUCUAUUUUAAAUAAUAAAUUUAAUUAAUUUUAUUAAAUUUCUCUUAUACAAACCGCAGUUAAACACCAUUCAAACAUUUGUCCCGCACUUUUUAUUAUUUUGGUCACCAUUCACAUAUUUCUUAAACCGCUUCUAUUAGAUGAACCGCACUUGUCCCACAAUAUGCGUUUUUCUAACACAAACCGCUCUUAAACCGCACCGCACUAAUCAAUCCGCUUGUCCCGCACCGCCCAACCCGCUGUUACCAUUCGGAGCCUUAAAGAGGCUGUGACGGUGCGGGCUGUAACCCAUCGACAUUUAAUAGCAGGUGAUGCGAGAGGAGAGUCUCGAUCAAUAGACGUAUACUUGCUCAUAAAUCACGACCAAUAACAAAUUCAAUGAUUUUGUGUUUGUGUUAUGUGUGUUUUAAAGUUAACUUUUGUUACUCGUGGUAAUUUACAUGGACGACUCGAAUUCGGAAUACCGAGAUGUAUUUGUGAAUAACCUUAAUUAUCUUUCAAAUGAUCUAUAAUUAUUAUAUAUGCAUGCAGCCAUGCAGGACUUGUAUCAAUCUGUACUAUAGUUUACAUGAAGUAUAAAGUUUUUUGAUAUGAUGUACAUAAGUGCGAGAAUAUGUCCUAAUAUUA